GCUCAUCAAUGGGCCGCGGUAGCGCGUCUGUGGCAGGAGCCUGCGCAGUGAGGCCGGCUCAGCGUUGGGCGCAGCUCCACCAGAGAAGGAAGCGGCGUUUCCGGCUGUUUGCAACGGAGGCAGAGCACUGCUGACGCCGCGAAACCCCGAGAAAAACGCCGCCGGCUCGGGGGGCUACCGCUUUCUAGCAGCUGUAGCGGUCUCUUCUUAUCCGUGGAUCUGGGGGCUGGUUUAUUUUCGCGAGCCGAGGGGGUCGGACAUCAAACGGAGCGAAGCAGCGGCACCAGGCGGGGGUGAGCCACCAUCUACCGGCAUGGCCAGGGACUACGAUUACCUCUUCAAGCUGCUCAUCAUCGGUGACAGCGGAGUGGGGAAGAGCAGUCUCCUCCUGCGAUUUGCAGACAACACGUUUUCAGGUAGUUAUAUCACCACAAUUGGAGUGGACUUUAAAAUCCGGACCGUGGAGAUCAAUGGGGAGAAGGUGAAGCUACAAAUAUGGGAUACAGCAGGGCAGGAGCGUUUUCGCACCAUCACCUCCACAUACUACAGGGGAACGCAUGGGGUCAUAGUGGUAUAUGACGUCACCAGUGCUGAGUCAUUCGUCAACGUCAAACGAUGGUUACAUGAAAUUAACCAGAACUGUGACGACGUGUGCCGAAUAUUAGUGGGAAACAAAAACGACGACCCCAACUCCAAGGUGGUCGAGACAACUGACGCGCAGAAGUUUGCGGAGCAGAUGGGAAUCAGCUUGUUCGAGACGAGUGCAAAAGAGAACAUUAAUGUUGAAGAGAUGUUCAACUGCAUCACAGAGCUAGUGUUAAGAGCAAAGAAGGAGGUGAUAGCCAAGCAGCAGCAGCAGCAACAGAACGACGUGGUCAAACUCACCCGGAACAGUAAACGAAAGAAAAAGUGCUGCUAGCAAACUCGAAGCCAUCCACAAAAGGCCGGCGGUGUCUUUCAUACAUGCGCGCAAUGGGACUGAGAGCAUCUAAAUUAAAGAGCAGAUAAAGAUUUAAUAAAUAUACAUUGAAAGAUUAAAAAAAUAAAUGGAAAAAAUGUCCCCUUUGGACCAACAAAUCAUGAAGACUUUAAAAGAAAAUGUACAGAUUUUAUUAGAUGUCAGAUCAAGUUUUAUUUGGAAUUCAGCAGAUGGGCACUAUUGAGGUCCUUCUUUCUCAAAGGAUCUGCAGGGAGACAACUGAUUUGCCAUAACGUUUAGAUUUCUAUACACAUUAUUUCACUUUCUUCCAUCGGUAUCUCAUCUCCUUCUCAUUCCAUUGCACACCGGACAUUUAGAGUUGACUUAGACUCUGUGCCUGAGAAGAAGGAGGGCUCUCGACUUGGAUUUAUUUGUUCCUGUUUAGUUUAAUCUUAAUGGGAGGGAGGGGGGCUGUUUGGUUGGAAAUGGGCAUCUGAACAAGAGCUCACUGCCUCUCUACAGUUUCAACAUUUCAGACACCUGUUACCAGCAGAUCAUGAACUGCUUUUGUUUUCUUUGACCUGAUGCAGGUGCAAACAAAUCACACGGAUGGUGUUGAUUAGUAGUUGGUCUUUAGAAACAAAUUCAACAUUCAGAAUGGGGGACUUUCAUGACUUUGUUUUCUAUAUUUUGCCAAGCUUUGUACCCUCUCCCUCUAACCUCCAGUAGUGCUGAGCCAACAACUAUAAGUGUUUUUUUUGUUUUUUCUUCCUGUGCAGCAGAGCAGCUGAACCAAUCAGGUGGUGCCAGCAUAGUUCACUGUAGUCUUACUUUUGCUUUCAGGGGUUUCCUCCUCCAUAUCUUAUGAAACUGAUACUGCCAAUAUAAUAGAAAAACUGUUUGGAGGUCGGUGGCUCCUCUCUGUGGACUGAGGUUGGCCAGCAGACGGGUCAGGCAGGAUCUGAUUGGACCAUGUUGCGUCUUCAGGAAUCGCUCGCUCUCUCCCUUCAAUAUUACUGCAGCCACUGACCUUCCGCACUCCCCCGUGUCAACAUAUCAGCACCUCUCAGAAAACAGACUUGCCUCCUGCAGUUGGUCGUUCAAGUUCAGCUUUUCCUGCUCUGGAAACUGGCUGCUCAUAGUCAUCGCAUUGACCUUGUGCUUUUGAGCAUGUAACUCUUAGUUUGAAGGGGUAUGUAAAAGGUCUGACGUCUCUAUUUUUAUUACUUUGCUUUUCUUCCUCUCUAACAAACCCUCUCUCCUGCUACCUGUUCAACCGAAGUGUUACCACACAGUGUUUUUUUUAGUGUGGCAGACAGUGGACCAGAUGUAAGAACAAAUGGGGAUGAACUGCAGCACUGGAUCCCUGCUUGGCCCUGAGCCCGUCCCCCUCUCCGUGUGCACCACAGGGGUUUGUCACAGAGGCUGGAGCAUCAUACAGUGUCUAUUACCGAUACAUGUAUAGUUUCUUUGUUUUGAAUUGGGAGCGUAAUGAAUGGAGAGAGCUGUAGCUGAGGCUCCAGCAUUCAGUCUGGGAUCCUGAUCGGUCUCUGUGACAUCCAGGGCCUCGAAAUUGUAUCAGAUCUCACACUUUAUAAUUUGUACUCAUUAUUUGUAUGUAUAUAUAUUUGUGUGUUUAUAUUCAGUAAAAACAUACACACACAAUUAGCACACCAAACUGUGUGCUAUGGUUGGAACACACUCAUCAGCUGUGGUUUGCUGUACACUGGAGAAAAAGAGAUGUACUAUUGAUUUUCCCUACAUGAAUUUAAUCAGUAAUAAACAUUUUAAAGGAAUAAAUAUUUGACACAAAGCCUGUUUUAAUUUGUCGGUGACUUGAAGUUCAUUUUCAUGCUGAACCUGUCUUCACCUUUGACUUUCUGUGAAUAAAACUGGAUGGGAAGAUG